UGUCUUUAAUAUAUAUCUAGAUCAUGGCUCCUCGGGGUCAAGGGUAAAGGUGUCAAGGGUCAUAGAGGUUCUCGAACCACCACCGCAGCCACUAUUACCACCACCUCCACCUCUUCUGGGACUUCAGUUGUGCCAGAUUUUCAGUCAGGACCACUUACCCAGCAACUGUAUUUGAUGGUGCCUAAUCCAGGCUACACUGGUCUUCCUCCACUAACUUGGCCUACUCCAGGAUGUAUGGGCCCUCUACCACCCCCUCUUCCAAUUUCGAUUCCUUCUCUGUCUCACAAUUCCAGCAUAUUAGUUGAUUCAGAGACACUUGGAAGCUCUAGUACAUCUCCUCCAUCAGAGACUGCAUCGGUUCCUAAUGUUGUCAUAAAACAAAUAUUGGUUCCAGAUGGAAAAACAAGUUGGUUAUCUUUCCCUCCUGGUUCACAAAAGAUUACAGAGAUCAUCAAGAAACGGUAUGAUAAACCAUCUAAAAAGUUUGGGGAUGUCCCUCUUCUGACAAAGAAGCUUUGGUUUAAGGAGUGGAAGAGCCAUUUUUUUAUUGAUGAUGAUGAUGAGGAGUUUUUUUGGAGGGCUUUCAAAUAUAGGACAAGUAAGCGAUUUAGCCAAAUGAUGUCGGAUAUCCGUGAGGGUGUGGAUACAACCCACGAAUGGCUAAUUCCUGCUUACAAAAAGGUGUUGGAAAAGUACUGGAAAACGGAUGAGAAAUGGAAAAAUAUAAGAAAAAAAGCGAGGGAGAAUCGAGCGUCACUCUUAGGUGGUUCUGUCCAUUGUGGUGGUUCUAUUCCACUGAGCUCAACUAUAGAGAGGAUGAAGAAGCAGUUGGACCGUACACCAACUCAUGAGGAAGUCUUCAAGGAAACCCACACACUUAAAAGUGACAAGUCUAAAUGGGUGGACAAAUGCUCUCAAGACACUCAUGUGAGAUAUAGUAUAAAUAUUAAGUAGAUAGAUUUUUCACUA